AUGUAUUACAUUAAUUUGAUCGCCGAGACUGAGAAGCGAGAGAAGGAACAACAGCAACGCUCUAAGGAUGGUCAUAGGGCUGACAGGCCUCCUCAAGACCGUCGUAGGCCUCGCCCUGAUACUGCUCCUGGGGCCGAUGACCGGUUGGGCAGCUCGAGAAAGGGUCGGAAUAAGCACGGUAAGGAGAAGAAAAAGAAGAAGACUUCGUUCUCAUCGGACAAGAAGUCGGAGAAAGCUAAGCGGAAGCGUCCCCGGCAGCCCGAGGCGUCUUCAGCUCCAUCGAGUUCAUCGGGGCUUAGCUGUGGUGGAAAUGGUCUCAUUGAUGACGAAGAGUUGCUCAUUGAGAGAAGGUAG